GGGAGCUGCAGAAGCCUCGGCCCGUGGAGGGACGAGGCCGCCGGUCCCACCGACGGCAGGGCCGGGGUUGCUGUUCGCUUCCCCGCCACAGGCCUCCCGCGGCGGGGCGGGCGGGGCCGGCGGCCGCCCGCACCCAAAAUGGCCGCCGCCCGCACCCAAAAUGGCCGCCGGCGCCUCACUGCCCGCCCCCUCCCCGCGCCUGCGCCAGCGCCAUGCAGCGGGCGGCGCGGGCCUUGCUCGGGGUCGUGCUCCGCGCCCCGCUCCGCGCCCCGCCGCCGUGUCGGCCCCGCCGUCCCCCGCCGCUCCGCGGUCCCUCGCCGCUCCGCCGCCCGGCCUGCAGUUCCGCCGCCGCGGGGCAGCCGCGGGCCACGCACUAUCGCCUGGUGUACACCUGCAAGGUCUGCCAGACCCGAUCAGCAAAAACAAUUUCCAAGUUAGCCUACCAUAACGGGGUGGUAAUCGUGAAGUGUCCCGGCUGCGGGAAUCACCACGUCAUAGCCGAUAACCUGGGAUGGUUUUCAGAUCUGGAAGGAAAGAGAGUUUUGCCCUUCGUGUCAGGGCUGAAAGUCUUCUGCAUUUGUGGGUUAUGGCGUGAGCCGCCCUGUGGGAGUGUCAGCCCCCGCGCUCAGGAAUCCCACGCGGGGCGAUGAGUCGGUGAGUGGCUCCCUGGUGUUGGGGUUAUGCAACUUCCUUGUUGGUGAGGGGGAGGAUGGGCAUGAAGGCAAAAUUAAUAUUUGUGAAGCAUGUUGGGAGAUAAGUAGAGCACCUAGAAAGUUGUCAUAGAGUUACAUGACAGAUAUUGAGGAGCUUAUUAAUGCUACUGCUGCAUGUUAAGAUCAGUUAGAAGAAAAAAUAAUAAUUUAAUAGAUGAAAAAUGUAGGUGUUUACCAGCAUAUAUCACCCAGGUAGUGAUGAAUCAGGCAGUGAGGUGAUCAUAUUGUGCUUUGUUAGGGCUUACUUCCUCUGUCUGCAUGAAAGUUUAACUUCU